AUGUUUCUGCUAAAUAAUGAAAAUGAAGAAUCCCCCAAAGAUAUCUUACUAAAUGAGCUAAAGUACAAAAUCAGAAUUUUAGCAGGCAUUAUUUUUGUUAUAAGAACUGUUCCAAUGGUACUAGAUUUAUUUAACAAAAAAAACGAGUGA